CGGCGCCGAUUGGUGGUCGCUGAGGUCCGCCCCGUAGCGACGCGCUUUUCCGGCCUCGCGUGCUUCCGGCCCGCGACUCCGCAGCAUGGCCGAGGAGGAGACGCUAAGCUUCCGAGACUUCGGGCUCGACCCGCGGAUCCUGCAGGCCGUCGCCGACCUGGGCUGGGCGCGCCCCACGCCGAUCCAGGAGAAGGCCGUGCCGCUGGCCCUGGACGGGAAGGACCUGCUGGCUCGCGCGCGCACGGGCUCGGGGAAGACGGCGGCCUACGCGCUGCCGCUGCUGCAGCGGCUGCUCCUGCGCAAGGCGACAGGCCCAGCGAUCGAACAGGCAGUGAGAGGCCUUAUCCUCGUGCCCACCAAAGAACUGGCCCAGCAGGCCCAGACCAUGGUCCAACAGCUAGCGACCUACUGUGCCCGCGAUAUCCGGGUGGCCAACAUCUCGGCCACUGAAGCCUCAGCUUCACAGAGGGCUGUGCUCAUGGAGAAGCCAGAUGUGGUGGUCGGGACCCCCUCUCGCGUCCUUCAUCACCUACAGCAGGACAGUCUGAGGCUCCGUGACUCCCUGGAGCUGCUGGUGGUGGAUGAGGCUGACCUUCUCUUCUCCUUUGGCUUUGAAGAGGAGCUUAAGAGUCUUCUUUGCCACCUGCCCCGCAUUUAUCAGGCGUUUCUCAUGUCAGCCACUUUCAAUGAGGAUGUUCAGGCACUCAAGGAGCUUGUUCUGCACAACCCGGUCACCCUCAAAUUGCAGGAAUCCCAGCUGCCGGGGCCAGAGCAGCUAGAGCAGUUUCAGGUGGUCUGUGAGACGGAGGAAGAUAAGUUCCUCCUGCUGUAUGCACUGCUUAAGUUGUCACUGAUCCGGGGCAAGUCUCUUCUCUUUGUCAACACGCUGGAGAGCAGUUACCGGCUGCGCCUGUUCCUCGAGCAGUUCAGCAUCCCCAGCUGCGUGCUCAACGGCGAACUCCCGCUGCACUCCAGGUGUCACAUCAUCUCCCAGUUCAACCAGGGCUUCUACGACUGUGUCAUUGCCACGGACGCUGAAGUCCUGGGUGCCACUGCCAAGGGCAAGCGUCGCAGCAAAGGACCAAAGGGAGACCGAGCCUCCGACCCCGAGGCUGGGGUGGCCCGGGGCAUCGACUUUCACCAUGUGAGUGCCGUGCUCAACUUUGACCUGCCCCCAACCCCUGAAGCCUACAUCCACCGCGCGGGCAGGACCGCGCGCGCCAACAACCCAGGCACCGUCCUGACCUUCGUGUUACCUGCCGAGCAGUCGCACCUGGGCAGGAUGGAGGCGCUUCUGGGCGGAGAGCCUGGGACCCCGCUCCUGCUCCCCUACCAGUUUCGCAUGGAGGAGAUUGAGGGCUUCCGCUACCGCUGUAGGGACGCCAUGCGCUCAGUCACUAAACAAGCCGUGCGGGAGGCCAGGCUGAAGGAGAUCAAGGACGAGCUGCUGCACUCCGAGAAGCUCAAGACCUACUUUGAGGACAACCCCAGAGACCUGCAGCUGCUGCGGCACGACCUGCCCCUGCACCCCGCCGUGGUGAAGCCUCACCUGGGCAAUGUGCCCGACUACCUGGCGAUGCUCAGGGAUUACUCCUGGCUCUGCACUCAGGAAUUACUCCUAGCAGUGUUUGGGGGACCAUAUGGGAUGCCGGGGAUUGAACUCAGGUCGGCCAUGUGCAAGGCAAAUGCCCUACCCACUGUACCAUCUUUCCCUGUCCAGAGACUGAUUGAGACAGAACUCUGGUGAUCCCCAGACCUGCCCUUGAGUGCCGCUGAUGAUGCACUUGGUGCCUAUGAGUACCCAGGUGCUGGCUGGCACCUCGCUUUUCCUUGGCAUUGCUUGUGUUGCAUGGCUGGGGACCAGACCAGACCUCUCAUUCUGUUCUGAACUUUACUGCCAUGCCACAACCCUGGCCCCCCGUGCUGGCCUGGAGUGCUAGCCAUGGGGGUCAAACCUGGAGAGCUGGCUGGGCGUGGGCAUGGCCCUUGGGGUACGGGCCCCGUGCUAGCCACAGCUU